AUGGUGGUGCGCCACCCCCUGAAGCUGCGCAGCAGCUACCUGGAUGUGUUGGGCUGCGAGCCAGAGUUCACCUCGAGUCACAUGAUGUUCCACAACACAUGCGACUUCAUCUGGUACUCAGAGCAGCCGCUUGGCAGCUUCAAACCGGCGCCCGAUCGCACCUCACACGACGGCGGCGAGCCGGAGGGCGCGGCUGCGGGCGCGGCGCCGCGCGUGCGCCCCGUGGCGGUGCUGCUGCCGCCUGACAAGAGGCAGCUGCCCUGCGGCCUGCCCUCUCAUGACUACGGCAGCGACCACGUCUGCCUGAUGAGCGUGUUUGAGCUGGGAGGGCCGGAGGAGCUGCGCUGA